AUGGCCGCUUCAGUCGAGUUGGUGCAGCCUCUGGACGUGGCCUCAUUGCCCAAGGAGGCCACCCCGGUUCUGGAAUUGAACCCUAUUGACGAAGAGAGGUUCAUCGUCAAGUCGCCAUACACAGAUAAGGAGCAUCUGCUUGACCUGGAUACCCUUUCUCAUGAAGGCGCCAUAGUGGCGAGGGCUUUGCAAACCUUCAAGUCAAUUCGCGAUGACUAUGCCACUGCACCCUAUGUCGAAUCAUUCAACUGGCCUGAAGUCCUCGAGGAGGUGAAGCGCUUGGCUCAGCAAUCCGGAAGGCCGUUCAAAGAGAUUUCUUUCUACAUCGUCGCAUUCCGGUCGCAGAUUAAGCCGAGCACCCAUUAUGGCGACCUUGGCGUGUUGGAUAAGGCUUCUCAUGCUGAAGCCGUUGCCAGUGGAGGCUUCUUGAAAUAUUGGUUUGGUUCGCCUGAUCCUGAGCUCAGAAAUCUGGCAACCUGCGUUUGGAGAUCGAGAGAGGACGCAAUGGUCGGUGGUAGAGGACCAGCGCACCGCAAGGCAGUCGGCGCCACCCGAAACUUGUAUGCUUUCUGGAAGAUUGACCAGCACCGACUCACCAUCCGCGACAAUGUGGACGACUGGGUGAUUGAGGACUGGGAGUGA